AACAAAACGUAAACACCCGAGACUCCUCUCUCUCUCUCUCAGUCUCGAUCUGUUCCUCCCUCGCUCCCACAUCGGCGCCGCCCCCACAGCCAACCCCGCCGGCGAACUCGCCCUCUCCCCCACCGCCGCCGCACUCCACCCUCUCCCUCCCUCCCUCACUUCAGCUUCUCUCCCCACCCUAGGUCGGGGGGCCGCAGAUCGAGCAGGUCAGGCCCGAUCCGCGGCGCAGCCAAGGGCUUCGAGCAGGGCCGCGCCGGGAGAGGAGCCUCUGUGUGCUGCCGCCCCCUGGUUCCCUCUUCUCCUCUCUGUGCCGCCGGGAGAGGAGCUCGUCAAGCCAAGACCGACGCCGUGUGGUGGGGCGCGGGGGAUUCUUCUUCCACUCCGGCGCCUCCUGCCCCUCCGGUGGCCGAUUCCUGUGCUUCUUAUACUCCGGCACAGGUGAAAUUGAGGAGCACAGCAUAACACAAGAAAAUUGAACCUCUCCUUCCUAUGGGGGAUUGUUUUGAUUUCAACUAUGGCUUUCGUGAAAUGCAGAACCUGACUGGAAAAAAGCCUAACUUAGAUUGACACAAUGGUAAAAAUGCCAGUGGAGUUACCUUUUAAUUUUAUUACAUAGAACCAUUCGAAUUCAGUGAUAUUGAGGAGUACAGCAGUAACACGAGCAAAUUCAGCCUUUCUUCAUAUGGAGGAUCGUGUUGAUUUCAAGUAUGACGGUGUCAACAAUGAGAGCAAAGAGCGUAAGGGAGGGCAUGGCAUCCCAAAGGUUUCCAUGGUCCCACUUGUCUUCCUCAUAUUCUAUGAAGUCUCAGGGGGUCCCUUUGGGAUUGAGGACAGUGUCAAGGCUGCUGGACCACUCCUGGCAAUUGUGGGGUUUCUUCUGUUUGCGCUCAUAUGGAGUAUUCCAGAAGCCCUAAUCACAGCUGAGAUGGGUACUAUGUUUCCUGAGAAUGGUGGCUAUGUCGUCUGGGUCUCUUCAGCUCUUGGGCCCUUUUGGGGUUUUCAGCAAGGCUGGGCAAAGUGGCUCAGUGGUGUCAUAGAUAAUGCUCUCUAUCCAGUCCUUUUUCUUGACUAUGUCAAGUCCAGUAUUCCAGCUCUCGGGGGUGGGCUUCCAAGGACUUUUGCGGUGCUUAUCCUCACAGUUGCCCUUACUUACAUGAACUACAGAGGAUUAACGAUAGUUGGCUGGGUGGCAGUCUUUCUUGGGGUGUUCUCUCUGCUCCCUUUCUUUGUAAUGGGAUUGAUAGCAAUUCCACAUAUUGAACCUUCAAGAUGGUUUGAAAUGGACCUGGACAAUGUGAAUUGGGGCCUGUAUCUGAACACUCUGUUUUGGAACCUCAACUAUUGGGAUUCAAUCAGUACAUUGGCUGGAGAGGUUGAGAAUCCAAAGAGAACCCUCCCCAGGGCACUUUCUUAUGCUCUUGUUUUAGUAGUCGGGGGAUACCUCUACCCUCUGAUCACUUGUACAGCAGCACUUCCGGUUGUUCGGGAGUCGUGGACAGACGGAUAUUUUUCAGACAUUGCAAAAAUUCUUGGUGGUUUCUGGUUGCACUCAUGGAUUCAAGCGGCGGCCGCAUUGUCGAACAUGGGCAACUUUGUUACUGAAAUGAGCAGUGAUUCAUACCAGCUUCUGGGGAUGGCUGAGCGUGGCAUGCUCCCUGAGUUCUUCGGCAAGAGAUCACGCUACGGGACCCCACUGAUCGGCAUCCUGUUCUCCGCGUUCGGUGUGGUCCUGCUGUCCUGGAUGAGCUUCCAGGAGAUCAUUGCGGCUGAGAACUACCUCUACUGCUUCGGGAUGAUAUUGGAGUUCAUCGCCUUCAUCAAGCUGAGGAUGACCCACCCUAGCACCUCCCGGCCUUUCCGGAUCCCGCUGGGCACCGUUGGCUCCGUCCUGAUGAUCAUCCCUCCGACUAUCCUGAUUGUCGUGGUGAUGGUGCUGGCUUCCUUCAAGGUGAUGGCUGUGAGCAUCCUGGCGGUGCUCGUCGGGUUUGCGCUGCAACCGGCCCUGGUGUACAUGGAGAAGAAGCGGUGGCUGAGGUUCUCCGUCAGAGAGGACCUGCCCGAUCUGCUGGACCCCUCGGCUGGCGCCGCCGAAGAUGAGACGACCCCGCUUGUGGUAUGAUUUAUGAUGCAAAGUGUAAUAAAAGGAUAGGAACAUGCUGCCCUGUAUAAUGCCAUGUGGCAUCAUAUAUGCUGUUGUAUACCAACUUGUUCGUCAUGAAAAAGAAAUAGAAGAGCAUGCUGAGCGCCUUUAGAAACAUCAAAGGCGCACCUCAGACUCUAUUUGGCCUAA